CCCAGCUGGUGCAGCAGUUGUGCCCUCUUCCCAAAGCUCAGAUCCUUCCCUAUAAUGAGUGUAUGUUUACUGCAUUUGUGGCUACAUGCAGUCAAGUUAAUCACAUUGGAAUAGUAGAAGUACGUACGAGUCAGUGCGCUGCGCCUAGCUGGGUUACAGAAUUAUUCUCUUGGCGAAUGCAGCAGGGUGUGCGUAUGCAUGCUCUGAAAAGCCAAUCAGGUGAAAGGCAUUCUGGUGAAGGAUGGUGCAUUAUGACGGCAAUUGUGGCUACAUGCAGUCAAUCUUACCCAAGCGUCAGUAAGUGAAAGUCGGCUUACCGCAUUUAGCUGCUGUUCCAACUGCGACUUCUUUGAGUGAAUGGGACAUGAAUGUAUCAUGACUGCGAUUGUGGCUACACGCAGUCAAAUCUAAUCCCAGUGUCGGUAACUAUCAGUCGGCAUGCCCCACAUUCAGCUGCUGCGGCAACCGGCUUCUUUGAGCGAAUGCAGCAUGAAUCUACAAGGAUUGCAGUUGUGGCUGCAUCCAGUGAAAUCUAAUCCCAGUGUCACUAAGUAUCAGUCGGCAUGCUGCAUUCAGCUGCUGCAUGAACCAGCUUCUUUGAGCGAGUGCUGCAUGGGUCAUCGGUCAAUGACGUAUUAUGACCGCAGUCAAUGUAAUCCCAUGUGCAUGCUUUCCAGACGCGAGGAUAGUCAGCUGAUAGAAGACCUCUUGCUGAAGGUAUUUCGGACGAGGGUCCCAGUGAAUGUAAUCCCAUGUGCACGCUUUCCAGAGGCAACGAUCGUCAGCUGAUGGAAGAUGUCUUGUUGAAGGCAUUUCUGACGAGUGUCCCUGUAGACGCCCGAGUCCUUUCCUGAAGAAGCAGCCCCCCAAAGGAUGUGAGAAAUGACUUCGUCUCCCAAGGCUGAAUGACUGGGCAAGGCUCUGCAACAACCCCUGCCUUGAUCCCUAUUAUUUAAUCUCUCCGCCUUCCUCUCUCACACUGUUAGGGGUAAGGCAGGGAGCUGUGGAAACAGCUUGGCGACAAGCUGGCGAACCGCGUAGGCAACAAAGAUCGUCCUUGAAGAAGUCGCUGGUGGUUCGCAGUGGAUGGGAGUGCACUCUACUCUGUGGAGCAGUUGCCUGGUCGGCGAAUAGGCAAAAUGAUGAGCAUUUGUUGAGAGGCCUCCCCAAGCAGGAACGUUACCGACGAGUCAAGGCAGAUCAUCUCAGGGUUGCCUUGUGGUGGUACUGUUGGGGAGGGAGUAGCGAUAGCUGUUAUUCUAAGUAUCGUGUGUGCUUGUUUAUCCACCAGUGAGUAGAUGGCCUAGAGGGAUGUUUGAUUGCUGUGCAGGCAUUUGAGAGGAAUGGUGAAACGACUCGUAUGUGUUUGUUUUCUCACCACAUCUCGGGGUGAUGUUGUGGCUCAACACUUGGCAACGACGUGCUGAACCGGUCUGAGAAAAGCGAUGGGAGCAAAGGAACUACAAAUGGUCUGCGGCAGCGUGGCUGCUGACGGAGCAGAGAUAGCAAGAAGCUUAAUUCGACUGUUUGAGGAUAAGGCACGUCUUUGGUGAAACGACUCGUAUGUGUUCAUUUGUUGAGCUGCUACCAUCGUUCCCUGAUGAUAAUGCAGUGUCAUUAGAGCUGUAUAUAGAUAGACAUGGCCGACUCCCUGAGCUCCAAAGCCCACAAUGGCCCAUAUCCUAUGGCGAGGUAUGGUUAGGGCGUACUCAAGCUACUUCUAUCGUAAAUGUAUCUGACCACGUUUACAGCCAGACCUGGAUGCAUUUGAUGGCAAUCACGUCCAUAAAACAAGUAAAGAAGUCCUAGUUCGAGUAUGCCCUCUAGCAAUGAGAUCAUUUUCUUUCAGUCAAUGAUAUAUCGAGGAUUACUAUAACAUUUACAUGUAGCGGAAAUCCUGUUUAUGGUUGCCGUUCGUUUGUAGCGAUGAGCAUAGCAUGACAAAGGCUAUACCGAUUUACAAGUAGCGACGAUCCUACUUAUGGUUGCACUUUGUUCAUAGUGAUGAACAUGACAGUACAUGUGAUUGCUUGUGGAAAAGGCGAUCGACUGGCGUGGAACUUUGCUGAACUGACUUGACUCCGAUCGGUGGUCUUGUAGUCUCCCAAUCUCUUCCUGGAAUUGUUGCAGGCAGGAGUUUAUGGAUAGUUCAUUUAUUUAUAUAAACUUAUAAAGCCAAUAUUAGUUCUGAAGGGUCUCAAAAGAGUGUGUGAGGCUGGAAACUGACAAAACAGGUCUGUCCUGGAGAUGUUAGUGUUCCGCCCCAAGUAUGCAAGUUCUGUCCCAGGCAUGGCAGUUCUGCACCGGAUAUGGUGGUCCCGGGAGGGACAUGGUGGGUGCGGCCGGGUAAGUGGUGGUCCAAACAGUGUGCAGAUCCUGUGGCUCCUCGGAAGCAAUUGUGGGCAGUUCAGGACGGUGUGGACCUCCGGUAUCAAUUCCUGAUGCGCAGGGCCCGAACGGUUUGGGACUGUGGUCUAUGCUUGGAGUUUGAACCAAUGGUCCAGGCCACUGCAUUGACUUCAUACGGGUGGCUGCAUGGCUGCCGUCAGCUUGUGUCGCGACAUGUUGGGUUAAGUCCAACGACAAUCGGAACCCUCGUUUUGAACGCGGUCUAUGUUUGGAGUUUGAACCAAGC